AUGGCCUCCAUCGUCCGCCCUACGCUGCUGAGGCAGACUGCCCUCGCUGCUGCCACCCGCCGAGCAUCCCCGGCCGUGCGAAGUGCCGUCUUGAAGGAUGUCGCGCGUGUCUCUGCCUUCCACGCCAGCAGCCGGAAGAACCUGCUUCCUCCAGGUCCUCAGGUUAUCAAGGGAACAGGUACAAAGCCCAUCACCACCGACGAUUUCCCGUUUACGCUCUCUCCUCGACCAAAUGCUACCUCGUUCAACGACCCUGCUCCCGUCCCGACCCCUUCGCCCUCGCACGGCUCCUACCACUGGACCUUUGACCGUCUGCUCGCCGCCGGUCUGGUCCCCUUGACCCUCGCGCCUUUUGCUGCCGGCUCCUUGAACCCCGUGCUUGAUGCCACCCUGUGCGGCGCUAUCCUCGUACACUCGCACACUGGUUUCCAAAACAUUCUUAUUGAUUAUAUUCCCACUGGCCGCUUCCCCAAGGCCCGCAAGUUCUCCAUGUGGGCUCUCAACGCCGCCACUGUCUUGGUCGGCAUUGGUCUGUACGAGUUUGAGACCAACGACGUUGGUGUGACGGAGGCUGUUAAGCGGGUGUGGAAGGCUUAA